UGCUCCCUGGCCAAUCUUCCCUUGCCUCCUUCUUCCUAUGUCUGUUUCUGCCGUGUCGGUCCGUUUGUCCUCUCGCGAUUUUGUCAUUCACAACAUUGUCUGUCGGUGGCAGCAGGCAGGCCCGAGUCGUCGCCUUUCGCAACCGCUGCGAUGCCGCCGCCGAGCUAGCGUGAGUCCACGGAGUAUCGACGCGACCCAUCCCGGCUGCCCGACAGACAGCACCCGGCACCACCACCAAAAUGCCAGGCCUUUCGCUCCCCAGUCGGGAAGACUUGAUCUCCAGUUGCCCGCAGCCGCGCUAGUUAGCCGUCGGCUAGCGCUCCAAGCUCGGAUUCCCUGGAAGGACGCUGGCUCGUCUCGUCUCAGUCGUCGUCGCCCGGGGGCGGCCGCGCUUCUCCGGGCUCCGGCGGCGCCUCCCACUUGUCUUCGCCAAGCUGCGGAGAUUCACCUUCCGCCAGGUGGGUCUCGCACAACCAGCAGUUAGCACGGACGCUAAGCGGCUAGGCUAGCCGGACAAGUCAAAGUUGCUGUCGCUCACGCCUUCGUCAAUGACAGCGUUCCAAACGAGUCCCAGCGCCGCUUACGUGACAUUUCGGAUUCUUUUGCGCGACAGUCUGCGUAACACAUCGAUGCGCGCGGGGGCAAAAUGCGGCCAUUGGGAUUGUUGUGCUAACGGCUACGUUAACCUGCCGGGCGGCGGCGGGAGGGAGACGGAGCGCGCCACUCCCUCGACGCUGCCGCACAACGCUCAGCAUCAUCACGAUUGUGUGUGUGGGCGCGCGCGCGCCUUGUGUUAUACAUCCACAGGUAAACCUUCUCUAGUCCCUUUUAUCCGGUGAGCAAGUAGCCCCGUGUCCAUUAAAGGCUGGACAAGCACAAUGGCCCUUUUUCAUGGUUAAAUGUCAACAGCUGAGUGCUUUGGAUCGCCGCUGUUGCGAUUCCAUUUGGUUUGUGAAGCGCCCGAUGCCAGCACAAGUCGUCCGUCUGUCUCAACCGCAUGGCUUAAGGAUUUUUUUCCUCUCCCGGGUUUUGACCAAUACAGAGAAAAACAGCAAUAGAUAUGUUUCGGAAUAUCCCCCCCAAAUGCUGGUGAGGCUCAACUGGGCCUUUGCAACUUUCUGACAAGGCUAGUCCCGGUGUAGCGUCAUCCCUGCUACCUGUUCUGAGAAGACCCUUGGAGAACGAUCAUCUCACAUCUGCUCACACGACAAAGGAAAGACGGAAUCGAAAACUGCACGGAGCAUGACCCUUCAUCGAGACGCUGGCAGCGUGCAGUGACUCUGGGCCAACUCUUAAACGUGCUUCUGACUUAGUCUGAGACUGUGGAAACGGUCAGUUUGGACUAAGCCUGGCAUUGUAGCGUAGACAAGGAAAAAGACGGAGACGAAACGCAAGCGAGAGGCGUCCACGCGCGUGUCCACGUGUCUCUUCCGAUGAGCGCGGAGCCGCUCGGGCGUAGCUCAGCAGCCUCAGCGUUCCGCGGGGUCCUCGUGGGAGGCGCCCCACCAGCCCUCUAGCCAUCCGGCCGGCCACUACGCUUGUCAUGCCAUCGUCGGCGCGAGCGGGGAGCCUGAAGGACCCCGAUGUGGCCGAGCUCUUCUUCAAGGAAGAUCCGGAGAAACUCUUCUCGGACCUGCGCGAGAUCGGCCAUGGCAGCUUCGGCGCCGUCUACUUUGCGCACGACGUGCGCACCAACGAGGUGGUGGCCAUCAAAAAGAUGUCGUACAGCGGGAAGCAGUCCAACGAGAAGUGGCAGGACAUUAUCAAAGAAGUGAAGUUCCUCCGGAGGAUCCGACACCCCAACAGCAUUGAGUACAAAGGAUGUUACCUGCGCGAGCACACCGCCUGGCUGGUGAUGGAGUAUUGCCUGGGCUCGGCCUCGGACCUCCUGGAAGUGCACAAGAAGCCUCUGCAGGAAGUGGAGAUUGCUGCCAUUACGCACGGCGCCCUGCAGGGGCUGGCCUACCUGCACUCGCACAACAUGAUCCACAGGGACGUGAAGGCGGGAAACAUCUUGCUGACGGAGCCGGGACAGGUCAAACUGGCUGACUUUGGCUCCGCCUCCAUCGCCUCGCCCGCCAACUCCUUUGUGGGGACGCCCUACUGGAUGGCGCCCGAGGUGAUCCUAGCCAUGGACGAGGGCCAGUACGACGGCAAGGUGGACGUUUGGUCUUUGGGCAUCACCUGCAUUGAACUCGCGGAGAGGAAGCCGCCCUUGUUCAACAUGAACGCAAUGAGUGCCUUGUACCACAUUGCGCAGAAUGAAAGUCCCGUGCUUCAGUCCAGCGAAUGGAGCGAUUACUUCCGCAACUUUGUCGACUCUUGCCUUCAGAAGAUCCCGCAGGACCGACCGCACUCGGACGACAUGCUGGGCCACGCGUUCCUGCAGCGCGAGCGUCCUGACUCGGUCCUGACCGAACUGAUCGUGAGAACCAAGGACGCUGUGCGAGAGCUGGACAACCUGCAGUACCGCAAGAUGAAGAAGAUCCUCCUGCCGGAGGCCCACAACGGACCGGCUCCGGAAGCACCCGACCCAGACGAGGAGGCAGGCGGUGGGUGCGCUGGCACGGUGAACAGCAUUGGCAGCAAUCAGUCCAUCCCCAGCAUGUCCAUCAGUGCCAGCUCGCAGAGCAGCUCCGUCAACAGCCUCAACGACGGCAGCCGCAGCGAGCUGGACCUUAUGGACGGCGACCGCACAGUCAUGUCCAACAGCUCUGUCAUUCACCUCAAACCCGAAGAGGAAGCUUUCUCUGGGGAUCAGGCGGCAGGCAGUCAACCUUCGGAGCCUCAGGCGGCGGCCGCAGUGGCAAUCGCGGGAGCGGCUGCAAUGGCGGCGCCUCCCAGGAAGCAUCAGCGCAACCGCGAACACUUUGCCACCAUCCGCACCGCCUCUCUGGUGACGCGCGAGAUGCAGGAGCAUGAGCAGGACUCGGAGCUGCGUGAGCAGAUGUCGGGUUAUAAGCGCAUGCGGCGGCAGCACCAGAAGCACCUGAUGGCGCUGGAGAACAAGCUGAAAGGCGAGAUGGACGAGCACAGGCUGCGUCUGGACAAAGAGCUCGAGGGCCAGAGGAGCAACUUUACCCAGGAGAUGGACAAGUUGCUGAAGAAGCACCAUGCCUCCCUCGACAAGGAUCUGAAGACUUUCGCCAACGACGAGAAGAAGUUCCAGCAGCACAUUCAGGUGCAGCAGAAGAAGGAGCUCAGCAGCUUCCUGGAGUCGCAGAAGCGGGAGUACAAACUCCGCAAAGAACAGCUCAAGGAGGAACUGAGCGAGAAUCAGUUGACUCCCAAGAAGGAAAAGCAGGAGUGGUUGACCAAGCAGAAGGAGAAUAUCCAGCAUUUCCAGGCUGAGGAGGAAGCCAACCUGCUGAGGAGGCAGAGACAGUACAUGGAGCUGGAAUGCCGCCGCUUCAAGCGCAGAAUCCUCAUCGCCCGGCACAACGUAGAGCAGGACCUUGCAAGAGAGGAACUGAACAAGCGUCAGACACAAAAGGACCUGGAGCACGCCAUGCUCCUGCGGCAUCACGAGUCCAUGCAGGAGCUGGAGUUUCGGCACUUGGCCACCAUCCAAAAGGCUCGCGCCGAGCUCAUCCGCACGCAGCACCAGACGGAGCUCACCAACCAGCUGGAGUACAACAAGAGGAGGGAACGAGAGCUCCGUCGCAAGCACUUUAUGGAAGUCCGGCAGCAGCCCAAGAGCCUCAAGUCUAAGGAGCUCCAAAUCAAGAAGCAAUUCCAGGAGACUUGCAAGACUCAAACCCGUCAGUACAAAGCUCUGCGCAACCAUCUUCUGGAGAGCACGCCCAAGUGUGAGCACAAGGCGGUCCUAAAGAGGCUGAAGGAGGAGCAGACCCGCAAGUUAGCCAUCCUGGCCGAGCAGUACGACCACUCCAUCAACGACAUGCUUUCCACGCAGGCUCUGCGUCUGGACGAGGCUCAGGAGGGCGAGUGUCAGGUUCUGCGCAUGCAGCUGCAACAGGAACUGGAACUGCUCAAUGCUUACCAGAGCAAAAUCAAAAUGCAGACGGAUGCUCAGCACGACAAAGAGAGACGAGACCUGGAGCAGAGAGUCAGCCUCAGGAGGGCACUCCUGGAGCAGAAGAUUGAGGAGGAGAUGCUGGCUCUUCAGAACGAGCGUUUGGAGCGCAUCCGUUCUCUCCUGGAGCGUCAGGCCCGGGAGAUUGAAGCCUUUGACUCUGAGUCCAUGAGGCUGGGCUUCAGCAACAUGGUCCUUGCCAACGUGGCCUCGGACUCGCAGGACGGCUGGGGAGGGGGCGGCGGUGCUCCGAGGGGCGGCCACUGGCCUGCCGGAGGAAGUAGCGGAGGGGGCGGCAGCAGCCACCACCAGCAGUGCAGCUCCCAACAGCCCUGGGGCCAGCCCUCCAUGGCCGGGGCACCGCCCCCCUGGAGCCUCCAUCACCCGCCGGACGGAGGCCAGAGGGCAAGUGGAGGCGUGGGGGCCGGGGGGGUGAGGAACAGCCCCCAGGCCCUGAGGAGGACAUCGUCAGGGGGCAGGAGCGAACAGAGCAUGAGCAGAAGCGCUAGCAUCGCCUCCAACGCCUCGCACCUUUCCUAUACCUAACGCGCCCGCAUGCACCAUGAUGACAUCAAGGUCAACAUAGCGUUCCCAGGAAAUUGAGGAAACACAAAAGCUGCAUCGUCACCCAGCAUGGCCAAAGCUCCUUCCAGUUAGCAUCACACUAACUCAGGUCAAGAAAGCUAAUAGUGCUAUGGCAGCCUCUUGCUAGCAUUGUGUUUGUGGCAAAAGUUUGAAAUCCUAGCUGUUUUUCAAAACCCGCUACUUCUCUUUUGAAUCCUUAAGAUGCAGGUCAGCCCUUAGCCCUGUGUGUGUGUCAUGUCUGCCAUUUUAGCACCAUGCUAAAGCUAUGUUAGUGCCAUGAUUGCCAUGUUUGAUGCUACUGUCUUACUAGUGUUCUCUGAUCUGUCAUGUAUGUACGUCAAGGUGGAGUCACCACCACGCUAGAAUCUCCCUGGCAUCCGUCGCGUCCUCGUUGCCAUUUCAGUGACACACACGACUGUCACGUUAACCUCAUUCUGGCGUCACGCUAGUUUCUUUUCGGCGUCAUAUUCUUCUCAGCGUCAUACUAGCGUCAUAUUAGCGUCCUGUCUGAUAUGUGAUAUAUAGCGCCAUGCUACACAUAUACUUUAUCAGUGUGGUCCCAAGGUCGUGUCUGUGGUGUGCUAAUCCCAUGUUGCCAUCACAGUCGUGUCGAGUCUACCAUGUGAGUGUCAGGCUAGUGUCAUGUUAGCCUCAUACUAGUUUCCCAGUAGUGUCAUAGUGGUCCAGUCUCCCAUCUUGGCAUCAUAUGGUCGGUCUCCUGCUCGCGUCAUAUUAGUGGCAAAAAAUCCGGCUUGAUUGUAGAAGUGGGACUUGCCAAGCUAAUGGCUUAAAGUGGUGUUGUUCCGAUGUCAGCUGUUGACUUUCUACUCAAUCCUGCGCCUGCCUCGUUGAGCGCAACAUGCUAAGAACAUGUUGGAAGUACAUGUUUAAAGGAGACCUCCUGGAUUUUUGUCUGUGUGCAAAGAGCUCCCAAGUGUCUCCACAACAAAUCCAUCACAUAGUUUGUGCACUUCGGCCGCAGAAAUGGUCACUAUUAUGGCUCAGCAUCGUCAGCAUAUGUUGCAACAGAAAUAUUACUUUUAUGUUGCGUAUUGUCACAGAAAAGCUUCAAAACUACAUUUCGCUUCAAAAAUGCUCGUCUUUGCAAUGAAGGUGUUUAUCAUGAAGCAGUAAUUUUACCACAAAAUUGCCUCUCAUGCGGCUCAUGUCUCAGAAACACCAUGCUGAAAACACAUUGCCACAGAAUAGCUGUGAUUUUUGCUACAAAAAAGGCUGACAAAAUAGUGCUAACUUUUUCACCAGGCAGGAUGCUGGGUGUUUGGCUGCUAUGCUUCUGAUACUUUCCUAGCUGCCUACCUCCUUAUCUUCCUAGUUUCCUUUCCUACUUAACUUGCUAUCCUCACUCCCUGGCUUCCUACCUUCCAAGUUUGGUUCCCUUCUACCAUGUUGGUAAGCCUCCUUCCGGCCUUCCUACCAUCCUACCUUCUGACUUCCCUACCAUCCUAACCUCCUACCUUUGUUGCAUUUGACAUUCCCUAGAUUCCUAUCUUCUUCCCUUCCCAGCCUCUGACCCUGCUAGCAUCCCUCCGAGCUUCCCUCGAGUAAUGUCCGGCCGGCUCUGCGUCACCGUCCUCUCCCACCCAACAACAAAUACAAGACAAAACCCAUCUGCUGCUUCCGCCUGUCAAUCAAAGUGUAAAUAUGUACAUGAAGAGUAUUGUAGAGUGGCUACGUCCCAUCGUACGAUAUACGAGAGCGUAUGGUCAAACGUGUUCAUAUUGUCAGUGGUGUCAAAAGUUUCAUGGGAAAUUUAACGUCCCCGCUGUGGGCAAUCGGAGCCUCUGCUGUGUCCACGGCCCCGGUGGUGGGCGGAGUCAAGUGUACAGUCUGUCAGUAUUAUUUGCUGUCGGUGGAAACUAAAAAUAGGAAGAGAGACGUUAUUGCUCGUGGCGAGCAUGUGAAAACAAAAUAAAUUUUAUGAGUUGCUUUGUUUUUGUUGGACGGGGGCUACUGGAGAAAGAUUAACAUGUAAUAAAGUAAUCUUUUUAUUUUUGGGU